AUGGCAGAUCAUUUUUUCUUCCAUAACGUCCCAGCUAUUCAUUUUCCCUUUACUGAAUGUGAUCUGGACCAACUAAAUAAGCUCUCACUAUAUGUCGACGCCUUAUCAGAACGUUUGGACCAGGCAAAACGAGGCGUCGCCUCCCUAAAUCUUCUACAUGCUAGGUUCCAUAACAAUCGAGUCGUGAGAUGCACUCCACAGUCCGUCAAAGUGACGGCCGCAGCUCGCUAUGCUCCCAGUUCCGACGGGCUCGACUUGAGCAGCAUCACAAUCAAUGCCUUUGUCGGAUUAGUGACUUUUUUGCCUCUACCGGAUAUCAAAAUUCUCGCAAGCAAUACUGAUUCUCUUCGUCAAUGUGAUCUCUUUUUUGAGAGGAUAGGGGUAAAUGCUAGGUGGGGGACAUACUAUACUCAUCUCACCACGUGCAACCCGGACUGGGCUCAGCGCUUUUUUCACGACAUUCAAAAAAAUCUCGAGGCUGUGACAAACCCGCCCAAUAAAACAACUGUACAAUAUUCCAGCCCACCCGCAAAUCCAAGCAACUCGGAUCCAAACACAGAGGUUUUAUCACAUACUUUACCUAGCUCCUUUCAAGUAAAGGAUCCUCCAAAAUUAGAAUUCAAACAGAACGCAUCAAUUCAAUCCUCAGUGAAUGAUCAAUUAUACAAAGAAACGUCGCUGUAUCUACGUGCCCUGAAAGCAAAGGAGAAGGCCUGGGGAUCAGAAGAUAUCACUACAUUGGAUACUGUCUAUGACAUUGGCAAGCUUUAUACCAAACAAGGAAAAUUUGUUCACGCAGAGGAGAUGUAUGUGCGUGCAUUGUCUGGUUUCGAGAAGGCUUUGGGAGCAAAUCACGACAGAACCCUGAAAGUCGCUGUUGAUCUCGAGGAACUGUACUCUUUGGGAGCUGCUCGAGUCGCUGCCGAGGGGCAAUAA